AUGGAAGCGGUAAGCAGCAGAGUUGGGCCGCCCACACAGGCGCGGCGGCCAGAGCGCACGGUGCGCGUGCUGGAAGAGUGGCCCGAGUGGGAAAACAUGAAGAUAUACCGGCGUGAUGAAUCUUCGUCGGCCGCGGCGGCCGCGUCGUCCACUGUGUCGUCGAGCUCCGCCAAAGCCACGUCUGCGGGAUCCGGAUGCGUGUCGUGCCCCCAGGGCUCGCCUUCGUGCCCCGUGUGCGCGGACGACGAGUACUGCGCGGUGUCGCUACUGAGCUGUACGCAGUGUCCGCAGACUUACUGUACUAAGAAGAAAGGCUCGGUUUCGGAGAGCUCGGCCGCCGCGAGUGCCAGCAACUCCUCGGGCGCAAGCUCGGGUUCGAAAAACGCGUCUGCCAGGGUCGGUGGCAUCGUUGGUGGAGUGGUCGGCGGUGUCGCGCUCAUCGCGGCACUGCUGCUGCUGUGGCUCUAUUUUAAAUACUGGCGCAAGAGCCGCUCGCGCAACAAGGACGUGGUGAUCGCGCGCGAGGAGUACGCCGGCGAAUACGACGACGACAAGGAGAAAGACGGGUUUCGCGAAGCGGGCGCAGGAGCAGGCGCGGGCGGCGCUGAGGGCUCUAGCCUCCGCGACUCGCGCGCGCUGUACCAGGCACGCAAUCGUAGCAGUGCUGCGACGCAGAUGACUAAGGCCUCCAACAUCUUGCCUAUCGCGUACAUUCCGGGUGUCACCGCAGGCAGCCGCAGCCAGCACAAGUUGCCGCCGCUACCGCGUCACCUGCUCCGCAACGGCGACACGCGCUCGCACAUCACCCUUGGCAGCUCGAUCCUGGGUGGUGGAGACGACGACCGCGAGUCUCUGAUAGACCUGCCCUUGGAGGACAGCCGGGAGGGCACAAGCGCCGCUAGUCCGGCUGCGGAGGGCGUGUAUUCAGGCGCGAACGCAGAACAUGUCACUUCGCAGGACGCGCUGACUACCGCGAUCCGCGCGCGGCCCAAACUGGUGCAGAUCAGCGAGGAGGACGAGGAGCACGGGAACAGCAGCUCGGGCGAGGCGGAAGAUACCCACAGCGGGAAGCAUUUUGGCGUCACAACCGUGUUACUGCGGUCCAGCGGUGACACAUCGCGCCAGGACGACACUGCCGAAGACGUGCCGCAGUCAGACAACGAUGACAGAGACAGCAGCGACGACAACGACGACGGGAGCUUUAUUCUGGACGUAGGCAUGCAGGGCAGCCUGCGGAAUGCGACGCAAGGCGAGUAUGCGAGUGUUACGGCGGCGCGGGAAAGCACACUGGGCGAGGACAUGCACCGCGAGGGCUCUGGUAGCCCGUUCGAGGACAAAUUUGAACUGUAG